GCGCGCGAUGGGUCGCGUUUGUUCCAGGCGCGGGCGCGCGCCGCGCCCUGGGGCUGUUUCCCCGGCACUUUCCUGUUACUUUCCAGCGGGGAGGACAGUUCCGGGGAGGGCCCUGCCCACGCCCGGUGCAUAAAGGCCCAGCCCAGCCACCGCCCGCCGCCAGCCCAGAUGCCGUCCGUCCGUCCGUUCCGCGCCACCAUGAGCUCCCACCGCGGCCUCCUGAUCGGGGCAGUGGUGUGCAUCCUGCUGAGCCUGUCAGGAGCUCAAACCCAGAGGAAUCCGAACUGCCCCGCCUGGAAGUGCCCUCCGGACUCAGAAUGUGUCAAUUCCAGUAGCUGUCGAUGCAUGGCAGGCUUCUCAAGUUUCAAUGAGCUCAUCACUAAAGCCACCGAGAGCUGUGAAGACAUCAAUGAGUGCCUUCAGAACAAUGUGAUCUGUGGACCGUUCGCCACGUGCAAUAACUCACCGGGAAGCUACAACUGCUCAUGCAACCUGGGAUUUCGGCUCCUUUCUGGGAAAGAAUACUUUGCUAACAAGAGCGAGAACACCUGUCGAGGAGCACGUUCUGCUGCAGUGUCUGCCCUCUUCCCAGCAUCAGUGGACACUGGGGUGACACCUGCCCCCUCCAGGAGCCAUACAGUUACUGCUGCGCCUGGAAACCAACCUAAGCAGCCUGCUACAGUACACCCACGGACACAGCCUGGAGACCCAGGAGAAAAGACACCCAAGGAUGUGGAUGAAUGCACCUCCGGGCUAAACCACUGCCACCCAUCCACCCAUUGCAUCAACAAGUUGGGCAGCUAUUCUUGCAUCUGUCGCCAAGGCUGGAAACCUGUUCUUCAGUCCCCCAAUGGCCCAAUCAACACAGUGUGUGAAGAUGUGAAUGAGUGCAGCUCUGGGCAACAUGAGUGUCACAGCUCCACCAUCUGCAUCAACACCUUGGGUUCCUACAAGUGCCGCUGCCGCCCAGGUUGGAAGCCAACCUCUGGGUCCCUCAAUGGUCCAAAGAACACCACCUGCCAAGGACAGCCCUUCCCUAUCUGGACACUGCCGCUCACAGCCGAGAGCCAGAGUCUCUCUCUAUUCUCUGUUGAAGUCCAGAAUCUGCUCAGAGACUUCAGUCCAGCCACAGCCAACUACACCAUCCAGAAACUCAUUGAGGCCGUGGACAAGCUGCUGGAAGGCCCCAUGGAUAAAGAGAAUCUAACCACCACUGAACGGCACCAAGUGGCCACUCAGUUGCUCAAGAAUAUGGAGCAAAGCCUUCGGACCCUGGCCCAGUUCUUACCCAAAGGCCCCUUUGCCUACACAUCCCCUUCCAACACUGAACUGUCCCUGAUGAUCAAGGAGCAAGACAACAAAGAUGUUACCACAGUGCACUACAGCCAAGGUUGGAUGAAACUGGACUGGGCUGUGACAGCCGGAUCCAAGAGCUCAGAAAAUGGCUACUCCUUGGCUGGCAUCCUGUCCAUUCCAAACCUGCAGAAGCUGCUGGCUCAUGCCUCCAUGAACCUGAGCCAGAGUCGGGAUAUGUUGAAGGAACACUUCGGAGGACAAGUUCUAGGUGUUUCACUCACGCCCCUCUCAAACGUCACUUCCAUUUUUCUGACCAACACGGACACUGGGAAGCUGGCCUCGAACGUCACAUUCAGCUUCUCCUUCCGUCCUGUGUCAAGGGAGCCACGUAAAGAGCUGACAUGUGCCUUCUGGGACACUGGUGACGAUGGGAGAGGGCGCUGGGCCACCGACGGCUGUUCAAUGAAUGUCACCACCGGUCUCUGCCACUGUAACCACCUGAGCAGCUUUGCCAUCCUGAUGGCCCAGUACCAUGUGAAGGACCCGAGACUGGAGUUGAUCACCAAGGUGGGGCUAUCGCUUUCCCUGGUCUGCCUGCUGCUGUGUAUCGUGACCUUCCUCCUGGUGAAGUCCAUCCAGAGCUCUCGAACCAUGGUGCACCUGCACCUGUGCAUCUGCCUUUUCCUGGGCUCCGUCAUAUUUCUGGUGGGCGUCGAGAACGAAGGGGGCCUGGUGAGCACGCGCUGCCAAAUGGUAGCAAUGCUGCUACAUUACUUAUUCCUGGCUGCCUUCUGCUGGAUGGCCCUGGAAGGCGUAGAGCUCUACUUCCUUGUGGUGCGUGUGUUCCAGGGCCAAGGCCUGAGUACACUGUGGCGCUGCCUGAUCGGCUAUGGGGUGCCCCUCCUCAUUGUGGCCAUCUCAGCAGCUUCCAGAAUGGACGGAUAUGGGCACGAAACAUACUGCUGGUUGAACUUUAGGAUAGGUGGCUUUCUCUGGAGCUUUGUGGGACCCCUGGCCUUCAUCAUUUUUUGUAACUCGGCCAUUUUCGUGAUCACUGUCUGGAAGCUCACAACCAAGUUUUCUGAAAUCAACCCAAACAUGAAGAAACUAAGGAAGGCCAGGGUGCUGACCAUCACGGCCAUUGCCCAGCUCAUGGUGCUGGGCUGUACCUGGGUCUUCGGCCUGCUCCUCUUUGACCCCGACAGUACAUGGCUCUCCUACAUCUUCACCCUGCUCAACUGCCUGCAGGGCCUCUUCCUCUUCGUGACGCUCUGCCUGCUCAACAAGAAGGUGAGGGAAGAGUACCGAAAGUGGGCCUGCAUGGUUGCUGGCAACAAGUACUCGGAGUUCAGCUCCUCCACAACAGGCACCGGCUCCAGCCAGAGUCAAACUCGGGCUCUCAGGCCCUCAGAAUCAGGAAUGUGAAGGCCAGUUCCAGCCAGGUCAGCAGCACACACUCAAGGCUGUCACGCUUCUGCCUUCUGUUCCUGCCACUUCCCAGCUUUGGCCCCAUUUCUGAUAGAGAAGGGAUGGAUGGACACCUGGCAGUGAGUUCCGCAGCAGGGUAAAAGGGCCAUUGGACCUGCUUCUGGUUGCCUCUUUGCCCCAUCACAGCUAAUGCCUACCACAGAAACGGAAGCCAGCUAGCACAGACCUGCGGCCACUGCCCUGGUACAUGAAGCAGGCAGUCCUAGGGAGAGUGUGCAGGUCCCUUAACCUGGGCUCUUCGCAACUAUCGUUAGCACAGAAGAGGCCAGGGUACUGGGUUCAAUUUCCUUAAGCUAAGACUGAUGAUAUGUCAGCCAUUGAUUCUGCCUGCUGCUGAGGCUCACGGUACAGAGGCGCAGCUGCCCCACUUCAGGGCAGAAGGGUCUCACAGUUAGAAGGUUAUAUGUUUUGUAAUCUUUUUAAAACUUCUCGAUGUUGACACAUAACAUUAAAUAUACUGAUGAAAAAAA